UUAUAUUAUUGUAGAAAAAGAUUUGAGAAGUUGGCUGACUUAAAUAUUACAAUAGCAAGUCAAAAUGGAGGACACGGAGAUAAUGGAAGUGGCUGACAUGGAGUGCGAUGUCUGCCGUGAACGCACGUUCCAGGAACGCGAAGGCUAUUACUACUGCAUCGAGUGUGGCACCAAAAAGGAACAGCUACGCGCCGUGGAGAUAAGCGCCGAGGACACAUUUAAUGACACUACCAAGCACGCCUCGCAACGCGCCAUCAAGAAGCCAAAAGAGCAACAGGAAGAUGCCGAAAUAACGUCUUGGGAAUUUUACAAUUAUGUCCUGCGCGGCUUUACGCAGGAGCUACUGCAAAUGGGCGCCAAACCGGAACUGAAGCUAAUGACGCUGCAGGUGUGGGCUGCCUAUAUGGGACGCAUGGAGGUGGCGUUUACCAAGAACAAUGAGAUGGGCCUGCCAAAACUAAAUGUGCGGGCCUUAGCAAACGAUGCUCGAAUCAUUUAUAACCACAAGAGGAUAAAGCGGAAACGGGCACGCCUAGACAAUAAGCCAGCAAAUCAACUCAAUGACGAGCGCGCCAACUGGCGGAAAUGGAGAAAAACCAAGCGCAAAUUGGAUGCGUCGGGCAUUAAGAACGGCGUCAACUCAGAAUCUACGCUGGCAACUAACCAGAAUUUGAAGCUACAAUGGUCAGCGAAUGCGCGAAAAUUCUUCAAAAAGCAGAUGCCUCUCAAGCAUCUGGACAAACACAGUAUGGACGGUUCGGGCAGCAUGCGUUGUCAUAAGCUGCACCACAACGCUGGUAGCCUGAACAAUUUUGAUCGCAACGUUUACUGCUUAAAUUUUACCAAACUGUAUAUUGUGCUGGCCAUAGCACUCAACCAAAUCGAGGAUGACAUACAGUUGACCGAUCUACUGCGAUUCAUUGAUGAGGAGCACCUCACUAGUCGCUAUAUGCUCAACUAUUUGCCCGAGAAAUUGGCCAUGGGUGGCAAAAAGCUGCUCAAACAGAUGGAAUUUGCUCACCAGAGGGACAAGGUUCGCUAUAAGUUUAUGCGGACUCACAUGUCAAAAAUAGCAAUGUUCAUAGACUUGAACGGAUACCAGAAACCUAAUCUGGAAGCGCUAACUCGUCGCUAUGUACUCGAACUGAGUUUACCACCGGUGAUAGCCAGCUACGUGAUUAGUUUAAUGGAUAUGCUGCCGCCCACCUUCGAAUCAAAUCGUCCACAAUCCAUGCAUUUGUAUCCGCACUAUGAGGCCCGAGUGAUGGCUUACAUUAUAUACGUUCUAAAGCUGAUGUUUGGUCUGGAUGAUGUCAAGGAACGCGCCAUAUCCGAAUCUGCGUUGCUCAUUAAUAAACACCUCUCAGAAAUUACAGAUCAUGACAAUAUUCAGCCGGUGCAACCGCUCUUUGUCUACACGGAAUGGAUGCAGUAUGUCGAGAUGCGAAAAGUAUUGGUAUCGCAGUACAACGAAAGCUUUGCUCGGCAAUUUGGAGUAACCACACCAAAUGGACGACGCAUUGAUGAAUAUCUGAAUAAGGAGCAAAAGCAGAAGGAGCAGGAGUACAACUACAACGAGAUGCUGAUGACGCCGGCCAUGCAGCGCAUGCGCGAGAAUGUUUGCCUUGUUUUUGAGACGUUGUUGAAAAAGAAAUACGGCGAGUCCAGCAUGGAAAGCGUCACCAAGGAUCACAUUGAAUUUCAGCCCAGCUUAACUCCGGCGCAUAGUUACUUUCAGCGUAUACUUCUGCAUGCGAUUCAGGCGCAACCGGGUGAGAUGAGUGUCCAGAUACCGGACUGGAUGCGAGUCGAUCACAAAGAGCGUCAGAUGGCCCCAUUUAAAGGUCAGACCACAGAACUGGCUGACCAGCUGGCUGUGCGCGGCAAGUUACUUCGAGUGGAGGAGUUGGCUUGCCAGCAGAACUACCAGCAAAUAGGAAUCUAUCAGAUGCUCGAUCGGCUACCAGUGCGUUCCGCGGAAAUUCGUGCUAAUUGCGAUAUACAGACGCACACCUGGAUUGAGGAACUGCAGAGGAGGGAGAAGCGACCCGAUUUCAAAUUUCGACAGCCUGUUGCCCAUUAUGGCAGACAGUAUCAAAAUAAGAUUAUGGAAAAAGCCGAGCGUCGUACGGUACUCGAGACGAACAAUCCGUUCUGGGAAAUGCGCGACACGCCCACCUAUUUGCUGAAACUGAAUAAUGAGGAAGUGCCGCUAAACAAUUUGGCCGCCAUACAGGCAUUCGAUGAGCGUAACAUGGAUCCGUUGCGUGUGCCGCUAAACUUGCCGCGUCGGCAAAUGAGAUUGCCGGGGGAAACAGGAGCUACGGCUCAAUCAAAGCCAGCAACCGAGACAGACCGCAUUGCUGAGCCCGCUGUAGAGGAGCAGGAUGAUGAGGAUGAGCAGGAAGAUGACGAUGAGCAGGAAGAUGACGAUGAGCAGGAAGAUGAGAAUGCGCCACAUGCUGAUGACCUUUUGUUGAAAAUAUCGAAUUUCGAUUGUUGGCUUUUGCAUGGCACGCAAGGCAUGGGAAUCAACUAUGCAGGCAAGCAAAAGUUGCGCUCGCUUUUCCCCUGCUCAUUCCGCUGGCUGCUGGAAACAUGCGCCGCCACCAUUAGCAUGGAAUGGAUUGAGGUGUACCAUCAGCUGUUGGUGUUGGAGGUGAUGUUUCAUCAUGGCAUCGAGGAUUGGGGCACGCACAGCAAUCAUUUGCGUCUGAGAUAUAAUAUCUUGAAUAAGGAUAUAAAUACGUUAACCAAAUGUUAUCGCGAGAAGUGGUAAAAAUAUAGUAAGGCAUGAUUUCCUCAUUACUGUCUUAUUUAAGCAGCUUUAUCAUUUAAUGGAUGCCACAGGAAUAACAUGGCACAGCAGCGCGCAACAGCAUCAAUAUGCAAAUUAGCGUUUAUCAGAAGAAUACGGAGGCGACAACGACAGCAACCACAAGAACAACAACAACAAAAAGAGCAAUAACAA